GGUACUUUGGACAAUUUCCUCUUCUGCAAGUACCCGGCGCAGUUUCACACUCCUGUCUUGCAGACAAAGCUAGCAUCUCGCUCUAUAUAAAAUCUCAAUCUCGUUCCUGCAUAGCAGUUUACGAAUCAAAGAUCCCCUCAAACCCGUACCGAAACAAUGAGUCGUGGAAGCGGAGCCGGAUACGAUCGCCACAUCACCAUCUUCUCCCCCGAAGGCCGCCUCUUCCAAGUCGAAUACGCUUUCAAGGCUGUGAAAUCGGCCGGAGUGACCUCGAUUGGUGUGCGUGGGAAGGACUCCGUCUGCGUCGUCACGCAGAAGAAAGUCCCGGAUAAGCUUUUGGAUCAGACUAGUGUUACCCAUUUGUUUCCUAUUACCAAGUACCUCGGGCUUUUGGCCACUGGCAUCACAGCUGACGCGAGGUCAUUGGUGCAACAAGCAAGGAAUGAAGCAGCCGAGUUCCGUUUCAAAUAUGGAUAUGAAAUUCCUGUGGAUGCCAUGGCCAGAUGGAUUGCAGACAAGUCUCAAAUAUAUACUCAACAUGCCUAUAUGAGGCCCCUUGGAGUAGUUGCCAUGGUUCUGGGUAUUGAUGAGGAAAAGGGGCCUCAACUCUUCAAGUGUGAUCCAGCUGGCCAUUUUUUCGGGCAUAAGGCAACAAGUGCCGGAUUAAAAGAACAAGAGGCUAUUAAUUUUUUGGAGAAGAAAAUGAAGAAUGAUCCUUCUUUCUCAUAUGAGGAAACAGUACAGACUGCGAUUUCUGCUCUGCAAUCUGUUUUACAAGAGGAUUUCAAGGCUACCGAGAUAGAGGUCGGGGUUGUGAGGAAAGAUAAUUCAGUCUUCAGGGUAUUGUCGACUGAGGAAAUUGACGAGCACUUGGUGGCCAUAAGUGAGCGAGACUGAUUGACAAUCCACCAAUCAAACACUUCAGUUGACUUUGAUGGCACAAAAAAAGAGAUGGGUGUAGAAAGUUCCUUGGAUGUGGUUGCAAUAACCAAACAAUCAAAAAUUUGUUUCCUUCUAACUAUUUGGUCGAACGGCCAAGAUGUCUGUGGGAUAGGUCAUCUUGGACUGUUCUCUGCAAUCCUCUCUGUUUGUUAUGGCAAUAUUUCUGGUAAGCCCCAUAUUGUGAACUUUUUGAGUUGACGAGAACAUUUGCUGUCUUAUUACUCUCUCUCUCUCUCUCUCUCUGGUCGAAUGGCCAAGAUGUCUGUGGGAUGGGUCAUCUUGGACUGUUCUCUGCAAUCCUCUCUGUUUGUUAUGGCCAUAUUUCUGGUAAGCCCCAUAUUGUGAACUUUUUGAGUAGACGAGAACAUUUGCUGUCUUA